GAGAGAGAGAGAAGCAGCGGCGGGUGUGCUUCGGCACGUCCUAUGCGGAAUCCUCGCAUCGCAGUCGGGAUUCGGAGCUGGUUUUUUGUGUCCUUGGAGGAAAGUGCGUGGAUCCCCGUGUGCACACGCGGCUGGAGGACACCAUCGUGCAGGAGCAGAGGCAGUGCGGCGAGGACAUGAGCGAUGGGAAAGCUUCACCUGUUGAAGGCCUGCUCUUCACUUUCUGUCACGCUGAGUCCCCCAUCACCUAUCAACAUGACGACUUCAGCCCUGCGCAGGCAGGUGAAGAACAUAGUGCACAACUAUUCCGAGGCGGAGAUCAAGGUCCGUGAGGCCACCUCAAAUGACCCCUGGGGGCCGUCGUCUUCGCUCAUGUCAGAAAUUGCUGACUUGACAUUCAAUGUCGUGGCUUUUGCUGAGGUCAUGGGUAUGGUGUGGAAGCGCCUCAACGACAGCGGCAAGAACUGGAGGCACGUCUACAAGGCACUGACCCUGUUGGACUACCUGCUGAAGACGGGAUCAGAGAGAGUGGCUCAACAGUGUCGCGAAAACGCCUUCACUAUUCAGACUCUUCGUGAUUUCCAGUAUGUCGACCGCGACGGCAGAGACCAAGGGGCCAAUGUUCGAGAGAAAGCUCGCCAACUGGUGUGUCUCCUUCGGGAUGAUGAGCGCCUUCGCCAAGAGCGGAGUCAAGCUCUGAAAACCAAGGAGCGCAUGGCGGCUGGAGGCACUGGUGGAGGAGGAGCAGCAGCAGCCGCCGCCGCCGGGGGAGGAGGUGGAGGAGGUGGGAUGUAUGGAGGAAUACCACCUUCUUACCACCCGGGCAGACGAACAAGCCAGCCCAGCAUGGCUGUGCUAUACGGGGAAGAUGUUAUUCGCUCCAGGGGUUCUCCGUCCUCUUUUAAUUCAGCCUCAUCCUCAUCUCCUCGGGGUGCCUCGGACCUGGAGCAGGCUCGACCGCAAACCAGCGGGGAAGAGGAGCUCCAACUCCAGCUGGCCUUAGCUAUGAGCAGGGAGGAGAGUCAGAAGGAGAAGCGCUGUCGCCAAGGAGAUGAGUCCCUGCUACGGAAGGUCCUGGAUGAGAGCAGGAGAGAAAACCAGUCAGGGACACAGGAGGCGACCAUGGUGGACCUCGCAGACUUGUUUGCCCCAUCAUCUGAGAGGCAACCGCCGACCGGUGACCCGUGGAACUCUGCCCAGCCUUCCUGUAACUUCGCCUCCGUCCCCUGGGAUUUUGUAGCGGCCAAGUCCGACACUCCUGUAGUUGGUAGCCCCUGGACUGCGCCGCCCCCACCCUCCAUUGCGACUAAUCCUUGGGCGCCGUGUGCCAACUCGCGCGGAGAGCCGUGGGAAGCGGCGGGGGCGGUGGUAUCGGCGGCCACCUGCAGCCCUGACAACCACACGUGGGACACGAUAUCUGAGCGAGGAAGUGAAGGGAGAGAUGCAUUCAGUGCACAGGGAGAGGAGACGCUUCAACAGGACAUUCCUCAACUGUCUUCUCCUGCCAGUCCGACAGAUUCUGAGCUGCGUGGGUCAGCAGAUAUAUUUUCUGGAGCGGAUCCGAGCACAGAUCCAUUUAGGAAUGAACCUCUGGUGAAACCCCAGGAAAACGGACGGGACUCGACCAGUCCAGAGAUGUUCGAUCUGUCUCGGCUCGAACCCCCCGUCAGUGCUGCACGUGUAUGUCGGACGCCUGAGGCCUUCCUCGGACCUACUGGGGCCUCCCUGGUCAAUUUGGAUGCCCUGAUACCUACAACGCCCCGAAGCAAGAUGAAGAACAACCCCUUCCUCUCAGGUCUGAGCGCCCCGUCUCCCACAAACCCCUUCCACUGUGACCAGCCUCGCCUUACCCUCAAUCAAAUGCGACCAUCCUCUACGUCUCCUAUGCCCCCCCACAUGAUAUCCUAUAGUCCGUCGCUUCCACUCCCUCUCCCUCACAGGGGGGCCGCCCUCCCCUCGUCGCUCACACAACCGCCUGCCGGACUCAUGGACCUUCCCUCCAACCUCCCCAGGCCCCUGCUCCCUCUUUCGCCCAGGCCGGGGGCCCGUACACAAUCCCCAGCACAGACACACGGCCACAACCCCUUCCUCUGAGACUCAUUUCAUGUGGACGAGGAUGUCAUUCUUCUCUGCGCGCACAUGGGAAAGUGGACUGAGUGUACUCUACAUAUCAGCUGCUAAAUGGAACCUGAACUCUUGAAGAAAUGCACACACACUCACCCAUCACUAGGCUGUCCUCAAUCAAUCAAUCAAUGUUUAUUUAUAUAGCCCCAAAUCACAAAUGUCUCAAAGGACUGCACAAAUCAUUACGACUACAACAUCCUCGGAAGAACCCACAAAAGGGCAAGGAAAACUCACACCCAGUGGGCAGGGAGAAUUCACAUCCAGCGGGACGCCAGUGACAAUGCUGACUAUGAGAAACCUUGGAGAGGACCUCAGAUGUGGGCAACCCCCCCCUCUAGGAAUAAACAUAUUUGUGGGGCGGUAUAGCUCGAUUGGUAGAGUGGCCGUGCCAGCAACUUGAGGGUUGCAGGUUCGAUUCCCGCUUCCGCCAUCCUAGUCACUGCCGUUGUGUCCUUGGGCAAGACACUUUACCCACCUGCUCCCAGUGCCACCCACACUGGUUUAAAUGUAACUUAGAUAUUGGGUUUCACUAUGUAAAGCGCUUUGAGUCACUAGAGAAAAGCGCUAUAUAAAUAUAAUUCACACUUCACUUAUCGGUUCCAGCUGAUAUACAAAUAUGUGAAUGCAGCUUGUAUUUACAACUCCGUACAGUAGAUGGCAGUGUAACUCUGCUUCUUAACACACAGGUAUCAAUACUAGUGAUUGUUGUUGCAAACUACGUCAUGUCAAUUAGAAUGUACAAAACUCAAAGCCAGUGAAGUUGGCACGUUGUGUAAUUCGUAAAAAUCAAUCAAUCGAUCGAUGUUUAUUUAUAUAGCCCCAAAUCACUAGUGUCUCAAAGGGCUGCACAAAUCAUUACGACUACAACAUCCUCGGAAGAACCCACAAAAGGGCAAGGAAAACUCACACCCAGUGGGCAGGGAGAAUUCACAUCCAGUGGGACGCCAGUGACAAUGCUGACUAUGAGAAACCUUGGAGAGGACCUCAGAUGUGGGCAACCCCCCCGCCCCUCUCUAGGGGACCGAAAGCAAUGGAUGUCGAGCGGGUCUAACAUGAUACUGUGAAAGUUCAAUCCAUAGUGGCUCCAACACAGCCGCGAGAGUUCAGUUCAAAGCAGAUCCAAGACAGCAGCGAGGAAACCAUCCCAAGCGGAGGCGGAUCAGCAGCGUAGAGAUGUCCCCAACCGAUACAGGCGAGCGGCUGAAUAAGAUGAUUUGCAAAUCCUUUCCAACUUAUAUUUAAUUAAAUAGACUGCAAAGACAAGAUAUUUAAUGUUCGAACUAAGAAACUUAACUUUUUAGCAAAUAAUCAUUAACUCAGAAUUUAAUGGCAGCAACACAUUGCCAAAAAGUUGUCACAGAGGCAUUUUAACCACUGUGUUACAUGGCCUUUCCUUUUAACAACACUCAGUAAACGUUUGGGAACUGAGGAGACCAAUUUUUGAAGCUUUUCAGGUGGAAUUAUUUCACAUUCUUGCUUGAUGUACAGCUUAAGUCAGGGGUCACCAGGUAGCCCGUAAGGACCAGAUGAGUCGCCCGCUGGCCUGUACUAAAAAUAGCUCAAAUAGCAGCACUUACCAGUGAGCUGCCUCUAUUUUUUAAAUAGUAUUCAUUUACUAGCAAGCUGGUCUCGGUUUGCUCAACAUUUUUAAUUCUAAGAGAGACAAAACUCAAAUAGAAUUUGAAAAUCCAAGAAAAUAUUUUAAAGACUUGGUCUUCACUUGUUUAAAUAACUUCAUUUAUUUUUUUACUUUGCUUCUUAUAACUUUCAGAGAGACAAUUUUAGAGAAAAAAUUCAACCUUAAAAAGGAUUUUAGGAUUUUUAAACACACAUACCUUUUUACCAUUUAAAUUCCUUCCUCUUCUUUCCUGACAAUUUAAAUCAAAGUUCAAGUAUUUUUUUAUUUUUUUUUAUUGUAAAGAAUAAUAAAUACAUUUUAAUUGAAUUCUUCAUUUUAGCUUCUGUUUUUUGAUGAAGAAUAUUUGUGAAAUAUUUCUUCGAACUUAUGAUCAAAAUUCAAAAAAAUUAUUCUGGCAAAUCUAGAAAAUCUGUGGAAUCCAAUUUAAAUCUUAUUUCAAAGUCUUUUGAAUUUCUUUUUAAAUUUUUAUUCUGGAAAAUCCAGAAGAAAUAAUGAUUUUCUUUGUUAGAAAUAUAGCUUGGUCCAAAUUGUUAUAUAUUCUAAAAAAAAAGUUCAGAUUGGAUUUUAACCUAUUUAAAACAUGUCAUCAAAAUUCUAAAAUUAAUCUUAAUCAGGAAAAAUUACUAAUGAUGUUCCAUAAAUAAUUUUGUUUUAUUUCUUCAAAAAGAUUCGAAUUAGCUAGUUUUUCUCUUCUUGUUUUUGGUUGAAUUUUGAAUUUGCAAUAAGCAGGGGCGUCCAUGAUAACCUUGUUGUUCCAAAACCUGUAUGUACCUUUCAGCAUUAAUGGUGCCUUCACAGAUGUGUAAGUUACCCAUGCCUUGGCCACUAAUACACCCCCAUACCAUCACACAUGUGUAAGUUACCCAUGUCUUGGGCACUAAUACACCCCCAUACCAUCACACAUGUGUAAGUUACCCAUGUCUUGGGCACUAAUACACCCCCAUACCAUCACACAUGUGUAAGUUACCCAUGCCUUGGGCACUAAUACACCCCCAUACCAUCACACAUGUGUAAGUUACCCAUGUCUUGGGCACUAAUACACCCCGAUACCAUCACACAUGUGUAAGUUACCCAUGCCUUGGGCACUAAUACACCCCCAUACCAUCACACAUGUGUAAGUUACCCAUGUCUUGGGCACUAAUACACCCCCAUACCAUCACACAUGCUGGCUUUUGAACUUUGCACUUAUAACAAUUCGGAUGGUUAUUUUCCUCUUUGGUCCGGAGGACCCAACGUUCACAGUUUCCAAAAACAUUUUGAAAUGUGGACUCGUCAGACCACAGAACACUUUUCCACUUUCCAUCAGUCCAUCUUAGAUGAGCUCGGGCCAAGCAAAGCCGGCGGCGUUUCUGAAUGUUGUUGAUAAAUGGGUUUGGCUUUGCAUAGUAGAGUUUUAACUUGCACUUACAGAUGUAGCGACGAACUGUAUUUACUGAAAGUAGUUUUCUGACGUGUUCCCAAGCCCAUGCGGUGAUAUCCUUUACACACUGAUGUCGCUUUUAGAUGACGCAGUACCGCCUGGGGAAUUAAAGGUUAAAGAUUAAAGGUCCAUAAUAUCGUCGCUUAAGUGCAAGGAUUUCUCCAGAUUCUUCCUUUUGAUGAUAUUGCAGACCUUAGAUGGUAAAAUCCCUAAAUUUAUUUGCAAUGGAUCGUUCAGAAAUAAUGUUCUUAUACUGUUCAACAAUUUACUCACUCAUUUGUUGACAAAGUGGUGACCCUUGCGCCAUCCUUGUUUGUGAAUGACUGAGCAUUUCAUGGGAGCCGCUUUUGUAUACAAUCAUGGCACCCAUGAUUGUAUACUACAAAUUCUGUCCAUAAAAGUUAUGAACAGAAUCGGUGACAAAGGACAGCCUUGGCGGAGUCCAACCCUCACUGGAAAUGUGUUCGACUUACUGCCAGCAAUGCGGACCAAGCUCUGACACUGAUCAUACAGGGAGCGGACCGCCACAAUAAGACAGUCCGAUACCCCAUACUCUCUGAGCACUCCCCACAGGACUUCCCGAGGGACACGGUCGAAUGCCUUCUCCAAGUCCACAAAGCACAUGUAGACUGGUUGGGCAAACUCCCAUGCACCCUCAAGAACCCUGCCCAGAGUAUAGAGCUGGUCCACAGUUCCACCACCAGGACGAAAACCACACUGUUCCUCUUGAAUCCGAGGUUCGACUAUCCGGCGUAGCCUCCUCUCCAGUACACCUGAAUAAACCUUACCGGGAAGGCUGAGGAGUGUGAUCCCACGAUAGUUGGAACACACCCUCCGGUCCCCCUUCUUAAAGAGAGGGACCACCACCCCGGUCUGCCAAUCCAGAGGGUCCACGCGAUGUUCGCGCACAAUAAACAAUAAUAAUAAUAAAUAAUAUAUGACAUAUAUUAUAUAUAUACUAUAUAAAUAUUAUAAAUAUAUUCUACAUUUAAGUGCAGUCAAGGAACAUAUGCAUUAUACAGUCUGAUGGCUGUCGGUAUGAAGGACCUCCUGUGUCCUUCCGUGUUACAUUUUGGGAGUCUGAGCCUUCCACUGAACGUGCUCAUUCUCUCCGCAAGGUCCGAGUGUAAUGGGUGGGAGGUGUUGUCCAUAAUGGCUAGGAGUUUUGCUAGACUUCUCCUCUCUGACACCACCGCCGGAGAGUCCAGCCCUAGUGUGUGAAUGUGAGUGUGAAUCUUGUCUGUGAUGGCCCUCACGAUGAGGUGGCGACUUGUCCAGGGUGUACACCGCCUUCAAUGUCAAUCAAUCAAUCAAUGUUUACUUAUAUAGCCCUAAAUCACUAGUGUCUCAAAGGGCUGCACAAACCACCACGACAUCCUCGGUAGGCCCACAUAAGGGCAAGGAAAACUCACACCCAGUGGGACGUCGGUGACAAUGAUGACUAUGAGAACCUUGGAGAGGAGGAAAGCAAUGGAUGUCGAGCGAAUCUAACAGGAUACUUCGAAAGUUCAAUCCACAAUGGAUACAACACAGUCGCGAGAGUCCAGUCCAAGGAGGAUCCAAGACACAGCAGCGAGAGUCCCGUUCACAGCGGAGCCAGCAGGAAACCAUCCCAAGCGUAGGCGGACCAGCAGCGCAGAGAUGUCCCCAGCCGAUACACAGGCAAGCAGUACAUGGCCACCGGAUCGGACCGGACCCCCUCCACACGGGAGAGUGGGACAUAGAAGAAAAAGAAAAGAAACGGCAGAUCAACUGGUCUAAAAAGGGAGUCUAUUUAAAGGCUAGAGUAUACAAAUGAGUUUUAAGGUGAGACUUAAAUGCUUCUACUGAGGUGCCUUCCGCCCAAUUGUAGCUGAGAUAGGCACCAGCAACCCCAAAAGGAAUAUGUGGUAGAAAAUGGAUGGAUGGAUGUGAAUUGUGAAUUAUAUUUAUAUAGCGCUUUUUCUCUAGUGACUCAAAGCGCUUUACAUAGUGAAACCCAAUAUCGAAGUUACAUUCAAACCAGUGUGGGUGGCACUGGGAGCAGGUGGGUAAAGUGUCUUGCCCAAGGACACAACGGCAGUGACUAGGAUGGCGGAAGCGGGAAUCGAACCUGCAACCCUCAAGUUGCUGGCAUGGCCGCUCUACCUAACCGAGCUAAAUAAAAAAAAUGAAUCAGAGCUGUUUCUCUAUUUAAUGGAGGAAUUGUGUUAAAUUGAUUUUGAACUAAGAAUCGUUUUGAAUCAAGACGGCGUGGCGCAGUGGGAGAGUGGCCGUGCGCAACCCGAGGGUCACUGGUUCAAAUCCCACCCAGAACCAACCUCGUCACGUCCGUUGUGUCCUGAGCAAGACACUUCACCCUUGCUCCUGAUGGGUGCUGGUUGGCGCCUUGCAUGGCAGCUCCCUCCAUCAGUGUGUGAAUGGGUAAAUGUGGAAGUAGUGUCAAAGCGCUUUGAGUACCUUGAAGGUAGAAAAGCGCUAUACAUUUAUCAUUUAUAAGAAUGGGUUCUGAAUGGAAUCGUUACCCCCAAUAAUGGAAUGGAAUCGUGUGGUGCCAAAAGAUCCCCAGCCCUCGUCUGCACACAUCUUCAGCUCCCAACCCAAGCACCGCCUGACAUGAUUGUUUGUUCUUAUUAGUACAAAGUGACACUUUUAGCGUAUUGUUGCUGCUUCACCGACAAAAGAAUGAAUGCAAAUCUCCGCCAUGGAGAACCCGCUUCUUCCAACACCUUUUUUAUCCGUCAUAUCUUCAGCUUCAUUGAUCAAUCAAUCAAUCAAUGUUUAUUUAUAUAGCCCCAAAUCACAAAUGUCUCAAAGGACUGCACAAAUCAUUACGACUACAACAUCCUCGAAAGAACCCACAAAAGGGCAAGGAAAACUCACACCCAGUGGGCAGGGAGAAUUCACAUCCAGUGGGACGCCAGUGACAAUGCUGACUAUGAGAAACCUUGGAGAGGACCUCAGAUGUGGGCAACCCCCCCCCCCCUCUAGGGGACCGAAAGCAAUGGAUGUGGAGCGGGUCUAACAUGAUACUGUGAAAGUUCAAUCCAUAGUGGCUCCAAGACAGCAGUGAGAGUCCCGUCCACAGGAAACCAUCUCAAGCGGAUCAGCAGCGUAGAGAUGUCCCCAACCGAUACAGGCGAGCGGUCCAUCCUGGGUCCCGACGAGCGAUUGAUUGUGAUGAGGGUCCAAAAUGUAUGUAUUUCCAUUAUUGUCAUGGCUGCAGUGGCCAUUGAAAACGACAAAACCAGCCUGCUCCUUCAAAGUGAUCACUGAUUGUAUCCUUAUGGGCCUGCGUGCAUGUCCCUGCAGCAGGCCCAUAAUGCAUAAAUAUUUGCUUCGUCUAUGUGGUUGAGUCGGAUCUCAGGGCCGCUCUAUUGCUCUCUUAUGGAAAGUGGGAUUUCAUUUCAGAGGAAUAAUGUCAAGUGGUUGUGUAAGUACUGUGUUUGCGCCUCUCUUUGCUUAUAUGUCUGAAGAUUGUGUUUCAGAAAGAGACAUUUGACCAUCACUGCACUGAACCUGGACGUGAAUGUGAAAAACCUGCUUAUAGUCUCACACAAAAGCCUAAUACAUCUGUAUUUAUUAAAAAUCAUACCUAUACAAUAUUAUGAGACAGUAUGCCAAUAAAUCAAUAGAUUUGGAUUAUAAA